AUGCUGUCACAGUCGGCGACACCGCUCACAGCCGCGGCUGCCGCCCUUGGCGCCAAGCUCCGCAGGGCCCCGGCCCUCGCUGGCGGCCGCGCGCUGGCCGUCGCGGACGCCGUGAGGUGGGAGCACAGGCGGAUCUCCGGGGGUGAAGCGGAGGUUGCUGCAUCUUCGGGAACUGUGGGAUGUGGAGGUGAGAGGUUUCUGAAUGCACCCAAUUUGGUGUCGAUUGGACGGAUGGUGUCAGGGCCGAUAAUUGGAUGGAUGAUCGUGAAUGAAUGGUAUCUUCCUGCCUUUGCCACAUUGGCUGUCUCGGGUGCAAGUGAUUGGUUGGAUGGCUUUUUAGCGAGAAAGAUGGGCAUCAAUUCUGUCUUUGGAUCAUAUUUGGACCCUCUGGCUGACAAGGUUUUGAUUGGCUGUGUUGCUGUAGCCAUGGUUGAAAAAGAUCUUUUACAUUCUGGUCUUGUUGGCCUCGUUGUUGUAAGAGACUUGCUUCUUGUGGGUGGUGCUUUCUACAAGCGGGCUUCUAGUCUGGGAUGGAAGUGGAACAGUUGGUCAGAAUUUGUUAACUUAGAUGUGAUUCAUCGCGAAAAGGUUGAGCCUCUGUUCAUCAGCAAGGUGAACACAGUAUUCCAGUUGAUGUUGAUUGCCGCUGCACUUCUUCAGCCAGAAUUUGGCACAGAGGAGACUCAGAAUUACAUUACACUCCUGAGGUGA